AUGCUGGGGUCGGGUAACCGACGGAAACUGAUGGUGACCGAGUGGGCGGCUAUAGCACGUCCGAGUCGCCUGUCCGCUCUCCCUCCUGUCGCCUUCGCGCUCUCCCUCCCGUCGCCUGUCCGCUCCCCCUCCCCUCGCCUUCGCGCUCUCCCUCCCGUCGGCCUUGCGCUCUCCCUCCCAUCGCCUUCGCGCUCUCCCUCCUGUCGCCUGUCCGCUCUCCCUCCCAUCGCCUUCGCGCUCUCCCUCCCUUCGCCUUCGCGCUCUCCCUCUCGUCGACUGUCCGCUCCCCCUCCCCUCGCCUUCGCGCUCUCCCUCCCGUCGGCCUCGCGCUCUCCCUCCCAUCGCCUUCGCGCUCUCCCUCCCGUCGCCUGUCCGCUCUCCCUCCCAUCGCCUUCGCGCUCUCCCUCCCUUCGCCUUCGCGCUCUCCCUCCCGUCGUCUGUCCGCUCCCCCUCCCCUUGCCUUCGCGCUCUCCCUCCCGUCGCCUUCGCGCUCACCCCCCCGUCGCCUGUCCGCCCUCUCUCCCUUCGCCUUCGCGCUCUCCCUCUCGUCGCAUGUCCGCUCUCUAUCCCGUCGCCUGUCCGCUCCCCCUCCCAUCGCCUUCGCGCUCUCCCUCCCGUCGCCUUUCUCCUACCCCACUUCAUCUCCUAUCACUCACGUCCUCCCCUCCCAUCGGCAUCGCGCUCACGUUCCUCCCUCCCGUCACCAUCGCGCUCACGUGCACCUGUCUUCGCAUCGCCUUCGCGCUCAUGGCCUCCCCUCCGAUCACGUCUCGCGACAUAAGUUAA